AUGGCUACCAUCAAGAUUGACUCAGAGUUGAUGACCAACUAUGUGUCUACAGUUCCCGUCCCCGCUGGUAGCCAUCACGUUACUGUUCUUGAUCAGAAACGGAUGCCAAUGGUUUUUUGUCUUAGUAAUGACCGGCUAUCACCUCGGCUCCAGAUCUUGCGUCGAGACGCAGAGGGCCACUCGCAGCUGUUUGAUAUACACAAUCUAAUCGGCUUGCCCAAGGAUAUUUACGUUCAAACAUUCCAUGCAGAGCAGUCUUGGGACUUGAGACUCCACCUCGCUGUUGCAUACGGAGACGAAAAGCAGUCGAAAUCGUAUCUUCACCUUAUGAAGCCUUUCUCGCCGGAUGUGCUGCAAGCAAGUGAUGAUCCACUACCUCAUAUACCCGGAGAGGCUCAGUUUGGGACUAUACAAAAGAUUCUCAUGGCUCCAUUCUCCGGAACCAACAGCAAUGUGAUAUACCCGGACAUCUUCCUCAUUCAUCAGGAGCCAGAUCAAACUAUUUCCUGGGGAAAAGAUAUCUGGCAUAUUCAGGUACAGCCAAGGUUCAGGAGUUGGUCUGCUUCUAAAGAACUCGAUACUCCGGAAAACGUGUCUGAGAUCUUGGACAUUGCGCCUUCUUCUAGCUCUUACGGUCAGGGACUCUAUGUCCUGUAUGUUACACAGGGAAAAACAAAACUCUAUGCUCGAUACAUCAGACCCGAUCCCAAUGCCACUGACGGCACUCAGUUCACCUUCACGACCCCUGUCAGUUGUCCCGAAGGUGCGCGAUGUAUUGCGUCGCUGUUGAAUGACAAGGGACAUAGUGGUCUUUUAAUUGCCGCGCCCGACGGUAUUAGAUACCUCACUGUUAACGAUGCAACUUCCAAGGACAAACCCGGAAAGCUCAUCUUCACCGACGAGAUGUUCAAAAGCCUCAGGCAGCUUGAUCUAUGUCAAGACAAGAAUGAUGUAGCCAUCUGGUUUAGGAACAACAACGAUGAGUUGGGGUACAUCCGCACCAAAGCCGACAAGGUGGUAGAAGCUGCAGUUUCGUCCCUUCUAUUAUCGUCCGGCCAGUCCAGUUCGUUCUCAGCGGCCAUUACUGCACCGCAUAGUUAUACUGGCCAAGCAGUCCGACAGAUGGUGGUUUCCAACGAUCGAUCUGGAAACCUCAUGCUGAUUGAACAAACGGCUGACAUUGGACUUUGGCGAAAGACGCCAUUUCACCAGCCCUCGUCGAACAAACCAACACCAUUGAAGAGCUACACUAUAACUAUGAAGGCCAGGGACGGCAGAGGUAACAGUUUAUCUUCAGGAAGCGUCCGUGUCUCGGCAUCCUCAUCGAUCAGCAUACUCCUCAAUGGGCGAAAUCUUCUCCUUACCACUGUACCAACGUGGUUGGAUUGCGAUCAGGCGGGCAGUCUCGACUUCAUUAUCCCAAGCGAUAGUCUUGGCUCACAGAAGCUGAUUAUUGAUCAACUGCGAUCUGACCAACGCAAGAUCUUACCAUUCACACGAGUGGAGUAUGAUGCCUCGGCGAAACCCAUGCAGCUUCUAGGUCAGAAGCUUGAAGAGAUCAAGUCUUUGGACCAGUUCAAGAACUUCAAAACACAGUCUGGAGAGGAUUUGUUUGAAGGGGAUGUGAAGAACGAUGAGACGCUGAUGGAAAGUGCCCAUGGCUGCCUUCAAAGUCUCAUGGGAGCCUACAGUUCAAUGCGGCCCCAGGAAUCCUCCUUAGCUCAAGUCUCGUCACAGAGUUUCGGUAGUGCGUUCAUGGAUGCCUUUUACUGGCUGAGGGACAGAUUCAAUGACGUCAAAAAUUGGGUUGUUAAAAAGGCGGGCGGUGUCUGGACGUUUGUGUGCAGGAUUGCAGGGGAAGUUAAGAAACUUGUCCUCGACUGCGUCGAGAAGAUCUGUGAAGUCGCCACAUGGAUUUGGGAAAAGGUUAAGGUAGGGUGGCAGAAACUAGUAGAUUUUAUCGGGUUCAUGUUCAACUGGGGCGACAUCUUGGCCACUAAAAAUACCAUCUCCAGCACCAUAACUGCUGGCUUGGGCUACGCCGCAACUAAGAUGGAUCACAUACAGACCAAGGUGGACGGGUUCUUCACAGCGCUUGAGAACACAGUGGAUCAGUUUGGUUCGAGCAUCAAAUUGGAUAAACAACUCGGCGGAAAGAACUUGUCCUGUGACCAAAAGGUAUCUGACGCGCUGUCGUCUACUUCGACUACGUGGACUUCAGAGCGAUUGAGAAAUGGCGGUGCUAGCACAAGUACUAAGGCAGACUUUCAAGGGAGCACAAAAUCUGAUGAAGCCACGAAGUUCUGGGAGUCUUCCAUGGCGCCCGAGAUCGCGAAGCUGGGCGCUGCCAUGAGCCAACUUGGUCAGGACAUAACUAUACUGUUCAAGAAGGACGGUUCAAUCAACGGUGACGACAUCAUCAAGGUAUCCAAGAGCCUGGUCAAGGCGGGAAUCGCAUCCGUGAGGACCAUCGUCAAAGGGCUGUUAGAACUCGUCAAGGUCUUCGUUCAGAAACUGUCCGAACUGGGUAAUGCCGAGAUAAACAUCCCUAUCUUCUCUUGGCUCUACGAGAAGAUAAGUGGAGGCCAUGCAUUGACGCUUUUCGACGCAGUCUCCCUGAUCAUUGCUAUCCCGACAACUAUCUUCGCGAAGCUCAUAACUGGAAAAGCGCCGCCGACUUUCGCCAACAUGGAUACCAACCUUAUCAAGGGCCUCAUUGAGGGCAAAGAUGUUCCUGACAGCACUAAAGCUGACUGGACAGUCUUCUGCGGCGAGGUUGUUGUUGGCAUUACGUUGACGUCGGGCGCUGUUAGUCUGAUCAAGCUACUCUACAAAACUGCCACUCAGGGCUUGGACGAUGUCCUUGACGAGUUGGAUGAAGGACCUUCGUCGCUUUUUGAUGUUUUUGGCAUUGUUGUUGAUAUCAUAGGGUGUUUGAUGGCAAUUCCCGAGCAGAGCGAUAUGCCCGGAGCUUCGUACCGGAAUGCAAUAAGCGCUAUAUCCUGCUUCCGAGGCGUCUACCACACAUUCGCCUUCUUCGUCAAGGGAAAGGGCUCGGUUGAGAAAGUCACCCUGGUUCUGGAUCUCUUGACAGUCUUAGCUAAUCUCGGCCUCUCCGUCGCUGUUGGUGUCGAGGAAACAAAGGCGGCGAAUUCGUGGAAGGACUAUGAUAAAGAGGCAACAGAAACAGGCUUCAUCACUUCGGGGCUCAACACAUUGGCAGGUGUUGCGUACUUCACUGCAUUUUUCUUCAAGACCAACCCCGAGAUCUCUGCUGCUAGCGCAGCUGUAAUGGUCGGGACAGUGGCGGCGGGAGCUGCGCUUGAGGGUAUGGUCUUCAAGUUGCAAUACGAUAAGAGUAGGAGAGUAGCACUGCCUAGCCCGCCGCCAUUUUGA